AUGUACAUCUUCAGUUCGCGACUUGCCAUUCCAAAAUACAUCCAGUGGGGAGAUACACUUGGGCGAGCAGACCUCAUCCACUUGGGCGAGCAUCUGCGGAUCACCCGGCGAUGGGUGCGCGUCGAAGCACACGCAAAACGCGACAGGGAAGCGAGCGCAACACAGAGUUGGGGGAGGUGGGCUCCGACAGGGCUAGUACAGCCCGCUCGCUCGCCCACCUCGCUCGUCCACCUGCCUGGCUUCUACAACCUUCCCCACUACGGCACGAGUGGAACUAUCCAUCUCAUCGUGAACAACCACAUCGGUUUCACGACCCACCCGCGGUUCGCUCGUUUGACGCGGCACCUGUCCGACAUCGCGAAGGCCACUGACGCGCCCAUCUUCCACGUCAACGGCGACAACGUCGAGGCGGUCAACUUCGUCCGCCAACUUACGGCCGACUCGCGCGCGAAGUGGAAGAAGGACAUCGUCAUCGACAUCGUCUGCUACCGUCGCCACGGCCACCAACAAGUCGGACCAGCCCAGCUUCACGCAGCCGCGCAUGUACAAGGCCAUCGAGAGGUAGCCCACACCGCUACCCAGUACUCCAAGUACCUGGUCGAGCGCGAGACGUUCACCGAGAAUGACGUGGAGGACCGCAAGAAGUGGGUCUGGGGCACGAUAGAGAAGGCGGCGAGUGGCGCAAAGGACUACGAACUGGCAGAGAAGACGCUCCCCGCGCGGACCACCGGCUCGACGGAGGAGACCUUGAAGCGCAUCGGGAAGGCCAUAUCCACCUAUCUUGAAGGAUUCACGCCUCAACGCAACCCCACACGCCCUGCCUUCGGGGCUCUCGCCCUCGAGAAGGUAAACGUACGUCCGGCCAAGACGUCGAGCGCGGUACCCUCGCAGCGCCACGCCGUCAUCCUCGACCAGGAGAACGAGCAGCAGUACGUCCCACUGAACGCGCUGGGGUCCGGCCAGGCGCGCUUCGUCAUCUGCAGCUCAUUGCUCUCCGAGUUUGGCACGCUCGGCUUCGAGCUGGGUUACUUGUUCGUCUUGCCCGACACACUGACCAUCUGGGGGCGCAGUUCGGUGGCUUUGCAAAACGCGCAGUGCAUCAUCGACCAGUUCAUUGCGUCCGGCGAGCGGAAGUGGCUGCAGCGUACCGGCGUUGUCAUGAGCUUGCUAUACGGCUUCGACGGUCAGGGUCCGGGCACUCCAGGUCGAUGUUCGCGAGGAAACUGCUUAGGAUAG